CCUACCGCUGUGCUCCGGGAACACUAGCACAAUGGUGUUCGCAUUUUGGAAGGUCUUUCUGAUCCUAAGCUGCCUUGCAGGUCAAGUUAGUAUGGUGCAGGUAACCAUCCCAAACAGUGUUGUGAAUGUGACUAUUGGAUCUGAUGUCACACUUGUCUGCACCUACACCAGCACUGUGGCCUCCCGGGACAAGCUCUCCAUCCUGUGGUCAUUCUUUCACAAGAAGGACUUGCCACCAGCUUCCCACAGCCCGUGCCUCAAUACUGAGGGUAUGGAGGAAAAGGCAGUCAGUCAGUGUCUAAAUAUGGCGCAUGCAAGAGACGCUCGGGGAAGAUGUAGCUGGACCUCUCAGAUUUACUAUUCUGAAGGUGGACAAGCCGUAGCCAUCGGGCAAUUUAAAGAUCGACUUGUAGGGUCCAACGAUCCAGAUAACGCCUCUAUCACCAUUUCACAUAUGCAGCCAGCAGAUAGUGGUAUCUACGUCUGCGAUGUUAACAACCCCCCUGACUUCACCGGAAAUAAUCAAGGCAUCCUCCAAGUCAAUGUGUUAGUCAGACCUUCGAAGCCCUUUUGUAGCAUCCAAGGAGUACCAGAAACUGGCCAUCCAAUAUCUCUUUCUUGCCUCUCUGUGCUCGGGACACCGUCCCCUGUAUAUUACUGGUAUAAACUCGAAGGUGGAGACAUCAUCCCAGUGAAAGAAAACUUCAACCCAGCCACUGGGACUUUGGUUAUUGGAAAUCUGACCAGUUUUGAACAAGGUUAUUACCAGUGCACGGCUAGCAACAACCUUGGCAACAGUUCCUGCGAAAUUGAUCUAACUUCUUCCCAUCCGGAAGUUGGAAUCAUCGUUGGGGCGCUGGUGGGUACCCUGUUGGGUGCUGCCAUCAUCACCUCUGUUGUGUGCUUCGCAAGGAGCAAGGCCAAGGCCAAGGCAAAGGGGAAGGAAAGGAAGAGAAAUUCAAAAACCAGCCCAGAACUUGAACCAAUGACAAAGAUAAACCAAAGUGCAGAGCUCGAGGCAAUGGCAGGGGAACAUGCUCUCCAACUCGAAGCGACUCUGCCACCUUCUGGCCACGAGAAUGACCCCGCUACCACCCUGGGUCCAGAUCAUGAGCCGACCCCGGAGCCGGAGCCUGAGUCUGUCCGGGAGCCAGCCCCACAGCCUGGCCCAGAGCAAGAGCCUGUCCCAGAGCCAGAGCCUGUCUCAGAGUCGGAGCCUUUCCUGGAGCCGGAGCCUGUCCCGGUGCCUGAGCUGGAUACAGAGCUGGAGCCAGAGACAGAGCCAGAGCUGGAGCCGGAGCCAGAGUCUGAUCCCGAGCCCGGGAUUGUAACGGAGCCCUUGUGCGACAGGGAAAAGGGAGUGAAUAAGCCAUAGGCUGGUAGCCAAGUACAGUGUUCAUCAGUAGGGAACCCAUUACUGGCAUUUGGAGUUGCCCUAACCAGUCUCCCACCACGUCCCUCUCUUCUGACCUGCCCUCUUCUAACAAGGUGCUCUUGCCUUUGAUCCAGAAUAAAUAGGUCAAGAUAAAUGCAAGGGUUCCUCUGUUACUUACACUCUAACAUGUAAGUGUAACUAAUGACAAAGCAAGUGACUUUCUAAUUCGGUUGAAGGCAUUUUGCAGCAAUAUCUACAUUGUCCUUUGGAAAAUCUCAUUUCUCUAUUUUCAGCUACUCUGUUACAUUCCGCAUGCACACGUGACAAGGUGGCAUUAACUGGAUUCAAUGCUAUUCCUAGGAUCAGUUGGUAAGGGCUUCCCUAAUUCAUUUUCACAAUGGCCACAAAGACAAGAAUUUGCCAGCAUUCUUUGAGAGAGAUGGGAGCGGGGAGAAAUCCUCAAAAAUUCCAGAGGAGGAUAUGUAAAGGGUACCUAUUCAAACGAGGUCUUAAAAAUCAGUGCUUCAUUUAUCAUAUUAGAUUUCCCAAGGAACCACCCUGCUAUACAAGAUCUUGAGCACAGCAAAAUUUUUAAAUAACCUAAUUUUUAAAUGCAAGAUGAUGUACAGGCAAACAAUUCCAAAUAACGUGUUCGUCGGUGAUCACAAAAUGUUAGGAUCAUGGGUGAUGUACAAUUUAGCUUCUAAUGAGAUGUUAUCACUCUGUCUGAUCCUAUCUACUUUAGAAGGGCCAGAAUAGGAAACUGUUCUAAAUGAACACUUAAGAUCUGUUUUAGAAAAUCUGAACUAAUUAUUUAAUCUGUUUCACUGUUGGGAUAUUCCACGUUAAUAGAUACCAUUUUUGUAUAAAUGCUAACUAUUAACUAACAUGCUAAAAUGUUUUCUCCAUUGAUCAUAUUUUCCCCACAUUCCACUUGAAGAAAUUUAUGGGUAGACUUUCUCAUUUGUGUAAUCAGAUUUUAAAUCUUAUUUUGAGGCUCAAUAAAAUCUUAUUUGAAUGAUCCUAAGGUAAAUCUUUGAUUAAUGUUAUCGACAUAUACUUCAUGUACAAUAAAGCACACCCAUUUCACGUGUAUCAUUUGAUGAGUUUUGACAGAUGUAUACGCCCAUGAAACCACCACAGCUUAAAUAGAGCAUUUCCACCGAUCCAAAGUGUUUUU